UUCUGAGAGUUAGCUACAAGAUUCAGAGUUUCUCCGGCCUUGCUCUCACCUGCUACAUUUCCUAAGACAGGACAUGGAGCUGUGGGUCCUUUCUUCCCUGUAGGUGCUAAUGAGGUUACUUAUUUUACCAGAGGAAAUGCAGAUCCGUGAAAUUCCGUUUUGUGCAAGUUGUUGUUAACUCUGUUGGCAAUGUCUAUGAUUUUAUCUGCCUCUGUGGUCCGUGUGAGGGAUGGACUCCCACUGUCUGCAUCUACCGAUUAUGAACAAAGUUCAGGAGUGCAAGAAUGUAGGAAAUAUUUUAAAAUGCUCUCAAAGAAACUUUCUCAGCUUCCUGAUAGAUGUACUCUGAAAACUGGGCAGUAUAAUAUAAACUUUAUCAGUUCUCUGGGAGUGAGCUAUAUGAUGUUGUGCACUGAAAAUUAUCCCAGUGUCCUGGCUUUCUGUUUCCUGGAUGAGCUUCAGAAGGAGUUCAUUACUACCUACAAUAUGAUGAAGACAAACACUGCUAUCAGACCAUACUGUUUUAUAGAGUUUGAUAAUUUCAUUCAGAGGACCAAACAGAGGUACAACAACACGCGCUCUUUGUCCACAAAGAUGAAUCUUGCUGACAUGCAGACAGAAAUCAAAUUGAGGCCGCCUUACCAAAUUUCAGUGUCAGAACUCAAUUCUGCUAAUGGAUUUGCACACUUGUCUGCUGCAGAUUAUAAGGGUACUGGUAAGAUUUCUGCUGCUCCUCAUCAGCGCCUGGAACCUGUAACUCUGCCAGGGAUUGUCUCAUUUGUGCUUAGUCUGCUGUGUGGGGCUUUGAAUUUAAUUCGUGGCUUUCAUGCCAUUGAAAGUCUUCUACAGAACGAAGGCGAAGACUUCAGUUAUGUUAUUGCAUUUUUUCUUGGAACAGCAGCCUGCUUGUACCAGUGUUACCUAUUUGUGUAUUACACAGGCUGGAGGAAUGUCAAAUCCUUCCUGACUUUUGGGCUCAUUUGCCUGUGUAACAUGUAUCUGUAUGAACUGCGCAAUCUGUGGCAGCUCUUCUUUCACGUGACUGUGGGGGCGUUUUCUACGUUACAAAUACGGCUGAGACAACCACAGGGGAAGUCCCCAGAUUACAAUGUCUGACAAGUCCUGGAACGGUUCAAGGCAACCUUGGUCCAGCUGUUUUCACUCUCAGGAAUGUAAAGCUGUUCUCUAAAAGAAGACGCUCUCUGGAUGGGACAUUUUAUUUGUUUUGUUCUUUGUGGGUUUUGUUUCGUUCUGUUUUGUAAGGCAGUGUAAGAUGC